CCUGGAGCUACUUACCAAAGCAGCGUCUGGCGACACGUCUAGCUGCAACGAGAUAGACAAACCUCCGGCGAGUCUCGAAGCAGCCGCCCAAACCAACGACCAUUUAACAUAUUUCCCAACGUCACGAACAACAAUAUGGCGAGCUUUCUGCGAGGGAAGCAGGCUGGCAUGCAGAAUGACCUGUCAGCUAACAUUCUCCCGGAACUUUUCGCACCAGAUGAUCGGGCCCGUUAUGGAAUCAACUCUCAGAUCAGAUGCAUCGCAUAUGAACCUGUCCAGUCGCUGCUCGCCAUCGGGACAACAGAAUCCAAGUUUGGAUCGGGUCGCAUCGAAGUGUAUGGACAAACUCGAGUCCACAAAUUCUUGGUUCCACCACGACCGUGUUCCUUUUCCCAGUUACAGUUCUGUGCCCAUCGCCUCGUGAGUCUCGACACGAAGAACGAAGUUGGAAUAUGGAAUCUGGAUACAGGCAGCCGGAUAGCUGGCUUCCGCGCCCCGGGCGUAGUGGCCUCCAUGGUCACGGACCCUAUGUUGGACUGGUGUUUCCUGGGAAUGCAGAAUGGGGAGGUCUUCGCCUACGAUCUCGAUCGGGAGCGCAUGUCACCACUUCGCCUGCCCAACUAUUGGGGUGAAAAGGAUUCCAAGGCACGGGCUGUAGCAAUGGUCUCUAUGCAACUACACCCGCGGGACAUUGGCAAGUUGAUGAUUGCAUAUUCCCACGGUAUUGUCCUGUAUUCCUUCAAGCAAAACAAGGCAACCCAGUUUUUCGAGUACCAGGUUCCUCCAGGAGCGCCAGGUGGAAGCACGGCUGCCGUGGACGCGAUGAGAAAACCCAGGCUGACACACGCUGUCUGGCACCCUACGGGGACAUUCAUCCUCACAGCACAUGAUGAUGGAAGUUUGGUCUUCUGGGACUCCAAGGAUGGUCGGGUGGUGAUGGCCCGAACACUGUAUGACAUGAAAAUCAACGAACCGGUUCCGAAUCCCGGAGGUUCGAGGCCAAAACACCCCUAUAUCCGGAUAGCGUGGUGCUGUAAACAGAACCCCGAGGACAGUGGUCUUCUCAUUGCAGGUGGUCAGACCCUCGAUAACGCUGCAAAUGGAUUGACGUUCAUUGAUCUAGGCGUCACUCCAAAUUACCAAACAUCGACCUGGCAAAUACUUGCUGACUAUUGCAAAGGGAAGCAGCAAAAUAUCCUUGAAACCCCCCCUGGUGCCGAGGUAACGGACUUUUUCUUGAUACCACGAUUUUCCCCGCAUUUCGCUGGUGCUCAGGACCCCAUUGCCAUUAUGACGUUGCUAUCUUCCGGGGAACUGUUGACGAUGAGCUUUCCCAGCGGGUACCCCAUCUCUCCAACCAACCAGCUUCACCCAUCUGUGUCUUUUGUCCAUCCAUUUGCGACCAAGUUUGCAGUGUCGACACUCGAUCGGGGAAGCUGGCUAGGCAUGGUCGAAAUUCGUAACCAGGGUGAACCACUCCUCAAAGGAGGGAAAGAGGCUUCUCGGCCCCGUCGGCGGUUCGAGGGACGGUGUAUCAUUCAGGUCGCUCAUGCAGACAGCACUGUGCGCAUCUGGGACGUGGGGCAUGAUGACGAGAUCGAGAACCCCACUCAACUACAAGUUGACGUUGCGAGAGCCCUCAACCGGUAUGAAGACAUCAGCAUCACUGCUAUGAGCAUGGCUUCAAGUACUGGAGAGUUUGCUGUUGGGACGAGCGGUGGCGAAGUCGUCAUAUAUCGCUGGGACGGCAACAGGUUCUUUGACCGCAAUCAGAAUCAACAACUAGAUCCCAAUCCCGGCGGUCUUACAGAUAUCAGUAUGAGGGCCGAGCCAGCGCUGAAACAGGGGCUUCAACCCAUCCGCUUGUACGAAAUGGUGCAGGGCGCCAUAACUGUCGUCAAAGUUUCUGAAGUCGGCUUCAUCGCGGUGGGUUCCGACCGUGGUUUCUUCAGUAUCAUAGAUAUGCGGGGCCCGUCAGUAAUCUAUCAGGCUUCCAUGGUCGACUUUGCCAAACAGGAGAAGAGGUCUUCUUUCAUUCGAGGUCAUUCAUACGCACCACCUCCCAAAGAAUGGCCGGUCAAAAUCGAGUUCGGUGUCAUGACACUCGACGGAGACAAAUUUUCAAGCAUCUGCUGUUUCGUUGGGACCAAUACAGGCAAGGUGAUUACCUUCGCCCUUUUGCCAUCUGGUCAGAGCUACACUGCGAGGCCAGCCGGCGUGAGCCAGUUGAGUGACAGGGUCGUGGCGAUAUGUCCAAUAGUAGCGGACACGGGAAAGCUGGCGUAUGCGACAGGUCAAACAGUGGCUGGUCUUCGCGAGGGCAAGCAGGUAAACGGGCUGCUUGUAGUUGUCACUCAAACGGAAGCUCGCAUUUUUAAACCAGCAGUUGCUAAGGGGGCUUCAAAGUGUUUUGACGACUACCUGUGCGACGCAGCCGCUGUGACUGAAGUUGACAUCCAGGGGAUGGCCCUCGUCGGUGUCUUUGGGGAUCGGGUAGCACGUGCCUUUUCUUUACCGGGACUGAAGGAGAUUGGAAGCGCUCCACUAAAGAUGAUGGACGGCAGCCGUGGUACAGAGUCGAUUGUCACCGAGGAAGGCACCGUUUUCUGUUGGACAGGACCAUCCGAGCUUGCGGUACUGAACGUGUGGGGAGCUGGACGUGAAAUCGAGAAUACGGCCGACGUUCUCAUCAACCCCGAGCUUCGCAUCCCCACGAGACCGACGAUCUCCAACGUGCAGUGGCUCUCUGGCACGCAAUACGUCUCGCCUACAGACCUAGACCUUCUCAUUGGCGGUGCCGAACGGCCCCCCAGCAAACGCAUGAUGGCUGCAGCCGCAGCUGAACUGCGAGGCGGGGGUGCUGGGCCGGCAAGCCCUACGACGGCGGCAAGAGCGGGCGCCCAGGAAGGUUGGGGCGAUUACUUGACCAGGCAGUUGAACGAGCGAACUGAAAAAUUGAACCUCAUGAGCGAUACCAUGGAUAACGCAGCGGAUUCGAGCCAGAAGUGGGCAGAGGACGCCGGGAAGUGGGCCAGUCAACAGAAACGGAAGAUGAUCUUGGGCGGGUUGACCAGCAAGUUCUUGUAGAAGCUGUCGUUCCGAUAUUUGUCGAUGUUUGCUUCUUCCGCACAAAUCUGGGGGCCUGUUUCAUGGUUUGAUGGCGUUUUUACGGGGCGAUUUUGCCAUCGAGGGUAGUUGGGGUUCAUACUGCGAUGGUCGCACUGGUAUGAUCAACGAACAAUAACCAUGUUAUACCAGGGCUUGUACUUUGUGAUGACUUGGCAUGAAAUAUAAGAGCAUUGUGCGGCGAAUUUGGUUGAUAUCCCCCCGGCUUAAUAACAAAGCAAUUUUUCUUCUUUACAGAGACGGCCUCCGAGCCUCAAGCAACAAGCUUCAUGGCCCUACGGGCACCUGCAGGGCCGCCCAUGUCUGUCACCCCCUAGCGCGGUAUCAUUCAGCUUAGUAAUGCGCUGUCUGGGAUCAUCGAGCACAGACCAUGUUGUG